GGCGUGCUGCUCGGGACGAGGAGCGUUGGCGAUCCCCUUGGGUCGCUCUCGGGAUCCUGGACGCCCGCGGCACCGUCGUUCGUUUUAUGCAAUGAAUGGUCACGGAUCUGAUCGACGCUCUGUCCAAAGCAAGUAACAUCUAUCACGUUUUUGAAUGGACAUUCGGCUGUUUGGAAUGAUUCCGACAUGAUCAGUUUGAACUGAAGGACGGUGACAGGAUUCCUCGCUGGCAGAUUGAGGGUGACAUUAGUCACUUUUAGUGGGAGGAUUUCAUUUAGUUAUCCAGUAAGGGAGCGAAGGGACUGUAAUUGAGUCCGAGGUGAGAGAGUGGCCCCACCUCCUUUAAUUGACCGGUUUUAUAAACAGAGCCGCCGGGAGUUUGAGUGAUCGAACCAGUCUCACCCCGGAGAUCUGAUCGCCAAGAGCGAAGCGACAUGGGGAGCAGUUGUAGGAGCGUGUGUGAGACCUGGUGCAUCUCUUGGAUCGUGUUUCUGCUCGGCCAGUCUUUGUUGCUCUGGCACCCGGUGGAAGGAGCCUUCAGCUGGCGCCAGCAGAGCGGAUUCGACUCGGUCCCUGGAAAGCUCCGCUCCAGCUCAGCAGAAUUCGGUUCGAAAAACAGCGGCAACGAGAAUAUCAGCGGCUACGAGAUUGUCCAUUUCCAAUGGAAUCAUGUUAAGAAUCCAUACAUCAUCUCAAUCUGGAUACUGGUGGCCAGUCUCGCCAAAAUUGUUUUCCACCUGUCUGAAAAAGUCACCUCUGUGAUUCCAGAGAGUGCCCUGCUGAUUGUGUUGGGUCUCAUCCUGGGAGGAAUAGUCUGGGCAGCCGACCACACUGCCUCCUUCACUUUAACACCGAACGUCUUCUUCUUCUACCUCUUGCCACCUAUCGUAUUGGAUGCCGGAUACUUCAUGCCCAACCGACACUUCUUUGGCAACAUUGGAUCAAUUCUCAUGUACGCUGUCAUUGGCACAGUUUGGAAUGCUGCAACUACUGGUCUCUCCCUCUAUGGUGUCUACUUGACUGGUAUUAUGGGAGAGCUCCAGGCUGGCCUCCUGGAAUUUCUUCUGUUUGGAAGCUUGAUUGCUGCAGUUGACCCAGUGGCUGUAUUGGCUGUGUUUGAAGAGGUUCAUGUGAAUGAAGUGUUGUUCAUCAUUGUCUUUGGAGAAUCUCUUCUUAAUGAUGCAGUCACUGUGGUACUGUACAAUGUUUUUAAAUCAUUUGUUGAAGUUGGACCAGGGAAUAUUCAAGGUCUGGACUAUUUCAAAGGCAUAGUUUCUUUUUUUGUUGUAAGCUUGGGUGGAACCGCCGUCGGUGUCGUCUUUGCAUUCUUGUUGUCCCUGGUAACCAGAUUCACCAAACACGUAAGAGUGAUCGAACCGGGAUUCGUCUUUGUGAUUUCAUAUCUCUCCUACCUCACUGCCGAGAUGCUAUCUCUUUCUGCCAUUUUAGCAAUCACAUUCUGUGGCAUUUGCUGUCAGAAGUACGUGAAGGCCAACCUCUGCGAGCAAUCCAUCACCACCGUCAGAUACACAAUGAAAAUGCUGGCAAGUGGUGCAGAGACCAUUAUCUUCAUGUUUCUGGGAAUCUCUGCAGUGAAUCCUGAGAUAUGGAAAUGGAACACUGCCUUUAUACUGCUCACGCUAGUCUUCAUCUCUGUUUACAGAGUCAUUGGUGUUGUAGUUCAGACCUGGAUAUUGAACCAUUUCCGUGUGGUGCAGCUGGAGAUCAUAGAUCAGGUGGUGAUGUCAUACGGGGGACUACGUGGAGCUGUGGCCUUCGCUCUGGUAGCAUUACUGGAUAUAGGCAAAGUUCAUGAGAGAUCUCUAUUUGUCAGUACAACUAUCAUUGUGGUGUAUUUUACAGUCAUCCUCCAGGGUCUGACAAUCAAACCUUUGGUGAAGUGGCUGAAAGUAAAGAGGAGUGAGCAGAAAGAUCCUUUACUCAAUGAAAAGCUCCACGGAAGAGCAUUUGAUCAUAUACUCUCUGCAAUAGAAGACAUCUCGGGGCAAAUUGGACAUAAUUAUCUUCGAGACAAGUGGACUAACUUUGACAGGAGAUACCUGAGUAAAAUCAUGAUGAGGAAAUCGGCACAGAUUAGUCGGGAUAGAAUCCUCAGUGUUUUCCGUGAGCUGAAUCUGAAGGAUGCCAUCAGCUAUGUGUCUGAGGGAGAGCGGCGAGGGUCCUUGGCUUUUAUACGCUCGAGUAGUGAUGUUAAUGUUGAGUUCACCGGUCCUCGUCAGUCUAUUGUAGAUUCAUCUGUCUCUGCAGUGCUGAGAGAGAGCACCAGUGAGGUGUGCUUGGACAUGAAUGCUCUUGAAAACAGGGUGAAGAGCCAAAAGGAGCGUGAGGAAUCAGUCACUCACCAUAUGUUGCAACAACAUCUGUACAAACCCAGGCAACGAUACAGGCUUAAUUACAGCCGCCAUAAAUUAAUACGUAAUGAAGAUGAGAAGCAAGAUAAAGAGAUUUUCCAGCGGACGAUGAAAAAGAGACUUGAAAAUUUCAAAUCUACCAAACUUGGAACCAACUACAACAGCAAGUUUAGGAACUUAAAGAAAGAAAGAACAGGGAAGAAGAAACACGGUGAUGCAAUGUCAAAUGGAAAGAUCCCCACACACACUGUUGCAUUCCAUGUUGAUAAAGACUCUGACGUAGAGGACAAUUAUGAAACAGUGGAGGGAGGAAUUAGUUUUCUAAUUACUCCGCCAAGUGCAGAACCAGAUGAAACAAGAAAUGGAAUCGAUAACCCAAGCUUUGCUUCUGAGGAGGAUCAGUCAAUUAUCCAUAUGACUCCACCGUGGUUGACCAGUGAAGAAACAGUCAUUCCGUCUCAGCGGGCGCGUUUACAGCUUCCGAGGAGUCCCAACAACUUCAGGCGCCUUGCACCUUUGCGGCUCAGCAACCGGUCCAUUGAUUCAUUUUUACUAGCAGACAUAUCGGAGGAGCAUCCAUUGUCUUUCCUACCCGAAUCAUCAAUGUAACACCAAGACAAUCCCAAGUCCCCCUCCAUUACCUAGCCCUUCUAACCUGGAUGAGAAACUCUUUUCCUGGAAAGAUGAACAAGCAAGCCAAAAUGAUUCAAAUGCUGAAAGGCCCUCGAGGGUCUUCCCAUCUUA